UGUAAAGCCCAGCAGAAGCAGAAAGAAAGCAAGAAGCAGCAAGAAAAAUAGAAUGUUUCCAAAUUCACCACUACUCGUCUUCUUCCUUUCUAUCGCUGUUCAAACCCUAGGGUUUCCAACGAUUGGUGGAAGUGGCGGAACUCAGAAAGGGAUUGACCGCAGAGUUCUGCUGAGUUUCAGAGAAACCCCUCGUGGAAGUAACGCUGCCUAUAAUUGCGAUCCUUCCGGUCUCUGCGUUCCCUGUCUCUACUCUGAAAAGAAUGAUGAAAAAUAUCGAUGCAGCGAGACUGGUUAUCGUAUUCCUUUUAAGUGCUUAGAAAUUAAAGAUAAUUCGAAGGACACAAAUGUUAAAAGUUCUCAUAACAGCCGAUCUACUCUGGAAACCUCUGACAACGAUCCAAAAUUAGAUGGAGUAUUGCCUGAUGCCGGAGAACUUACUAGUUCAAUGAGAUUUAGGAGAUUACUGGAUGACCCAUCAGCAGUAAAGAGUGGACCGCAAGCUUAUAUUACUUAUAGAAGCUGUACAGUACCUGUUAGCGAAGAGAAGUUAUCAGUUCUUGGGUUCGAGGGAAUCGUGUUGUGUUUAUUGCUCAUUAGCAGUUCAGUUGUAUACUUCAGAAGAAAGCGGACUGCUGCCAUGACAAGUUUUGGAGGAGGGAGGAUCCAGACCAACUCUAGGUUUUAAUUCAGAUACCUUUGGUACGUAGCCAAUUCUUAACUGUCACUAAGUAACGUAGGCUAUUGAUUUUAGAAAUAAUUAAGCCAAGUUUUCAUUAUUUUCUACCCAAGUGUGUUUUUUUAUGCUAACCCUAAGAGAGAUAUCAUCUUGUGUUUUUAUGGUCUCCAAGUGUGUCGAUGCUGAUUAAUUUUUCUUGAAUUGAUUACAUUCUUUUCUACCUGAGGAAUGGGCCUUGGGAGGUUCGAGAUUCUGGCUCACCAUAGGUGUAAGAUUUGUAGGGAAUUUCGGAUUACAUGGCAUAAUGAAAUUCUUGUAUUUUUGGGAAGGAUAAAUAUAGAAGGCCUGUAAACCGGUGCAAAUUAAUAUACAUAUAUAUAUAUAUAUAUAUAUAUAUAUAUAGAAUAAAAAGAAGGGUGCAUAUAUCUGUAUAAAUAUUUACUACAUGA